ACAACAUAUUUUGAACAUGAAGGUAUCCAAAACAUACAUUUCAAUUUAUUGAAGGUUAAAUAUGGUGAGUUAUAUAUCACAAGGAUCAAAAGCAAAACUCAUCAAUAACUUGGAGGGACCAAAAGUGUUAUUAUCCAAGUCCUUAUUUUUUAAUUAAAUUUUAACCUUCAACUUUAAGAGAACUUUCUAAUGAAAAAAAUCAUAUCUUGAUUAUAAUUCAAACGCAUGUUAUGAAUUCAAAGUCCGUUAUUCAUGAAAAACUUAAUAUUUAAACGCAUGUUAUGAUUUCAAAGUCUGUUAUUCAUGAAAAUUAUAAUCCUUCGAAUCUCGAACUCUGCGUUAUUUCUCAAUUAUAAAAUACAUAAAUAAAUUAAAACACUAAAAUGUUAUAGCUCAUUACAAUAUGAUGUAUUUUGUCAAAUAGCAUUUGUCUUCACACAAACUUUAUUAGUAAUUGUUUUGCCAAAUGACUUAUUUUUCUUUGAUCAUCAUUUAUUUUGUUCCAAACCUAAUCCAUAUGUGACAAACAAAUACAAACUUUGAUUUUAUUAUAUUCUUUUUGUCUUGCUUAUCAUCAUCAAAUGGAACAAAAAACCAAAAAAAAAAAACCCACCCUCUAUUAACUUUUCCUUUGUAAUUUUCUCCUAUAAUCCUCUAUUUUAACACACACUAAGGCACAUUAUCAUACACUAACAAUAAAACACAUUGAGAGUUUGUUUGUGUAUAUGGAGGAUAAUAAAUAUGAAGUUGAAGAAUGUAGAGGUGUACUUUGGGUAUAUAGUGAUGGAACUAUACUUAGAUUAACUAAGCCAAGUUUUGAAGUUCCUAUACAUGAUGAUGGCUCAAUUCUUUGGAAAGAUGUUGUAUUUCAAGCCAUGCAUAAUCUUCAACUCCGGCUCUACAAGCCGGCUAACCCUACCUCAUCGGCUAAGCUCCCCGUCUUCUACUACAUUCACGGGGGUGGUUUUUGUAUCAGCUCUCGUACGUGGCCUAACUGUCAGAACUAUUGUUUCAAGCUAGCUUCCGAGCUCCAGACCGUGGUUAUCUCUCCUGACUAUCGGCUUGCUCCAGAGAACCGGCUCCCAGCCGCUAUUGAAGAUGGUUACGCGGCUGUGAAAUGGCUUCGGGACCAAGCCGUGUCUGACGAGCCGGACACGUGGCUUACGGAUGUUGCCGACUUUAGCCGAGUUUUUAUUUCGGGUGACUCGGCUGGUGGCAACAUCGCGCAUAAUUUGGCGGUACGACUUAAAGCCGGCUCAGCUGAGCUGGAUCCAGUUCGAGUUAGGGGUUAUGUUUAUUUGCUUCCUUUUUUUGGAGGGACUAUAAGGACAAAAUUUGAAGCUGAGGGGCCUAAAGAUGCUUUCUUAAACAUUGAGCUUAUUGACAGGUUUUGGAGGCUAUCAAUACCAAUUGGAUCAACAACUGACCAUCCACUUGUGAACCCAUUUGGGCCUAACAGCCCAAAUUUGGAAAAUAUUGAUCUUGAUCCAAUUCUUGUGCUUGUUGGAGGAUGUGAUCUUCUUAAAGAUAGAGCCAAAGAUUAUGCAAAUAAAUUGAAGAAUUAUGGAAAAAAUAUUGAAUAUGUGGAAUUUGAAGGACAACAACAUGGUUUUUUCACUAUUAAUCCUAAUUCAGAAUCUUCAAAGAAGUUAAUGCUCAUAAUCAAGAAGUUCAUACAAGACAAUUCUUCUUAAGAUUUUUAAAAAAAAAAUUGCCAAUAAAAUUUGUUAUAUUUUCAUUAAAAUGUAAUUCUUUUUUUGUUGUUGUUGUAAUGUGUGCAUUUUGCUCUAUAUGUAGUAGUUUAAAUCAAGGGGUCCUUUUUUAUUUA